UUGUUGAUGUUCCCUUGAGAUUUCCUCAAUUUUCUCAAUCCCUCCCAACCCCUCCUCUUCAAAUUUCACACACACCAAGCCCUAGCUCUGUAUCUAUCUGCCCUACACCUGUAUCUAUCACAAGACCUAUACAUAUCGGACUAUACACGCCAUUCAACCUUUUGGUAUCUUCUUUCUCUCUCUCUUCCAUAUGCUUUUUCCUAUUUUCUCUCUCUAGAAUAACACGACAAGCACUCUGUUCUUUGGUUUCGAACAGUGCGAGGUUAUGGCGUCUGCAGAUGCUGAGCUGGAGCGACAGCUUAAGGAGAUAGGGAAACAGUUAUCGCAUCCGCAUGAUUCGGUUGAGGAACUCCUUCAUGUUCUUGAUAAAGUGGAGAAGCUUCUAUUGAAGGUUGACCAGUCGCCGAAAUGGUCGAUGCUAACUGCACUGAGGCCAUCAAUGAAUGCGUUGAUCAAAGAUAGUCUAUCAAAACAUUCAGAUAUCGACGUGAAAGUAGCGGUCGCUUCCUGCAUCAGUGAAAUAACAAGAAUUACAGCUCCUGAUGCACCCUACACUGAUGACCAAAUGAGGGAUGUCUUUGAGUUAAUCGUAUCUUCUUUUGAGGAUUUAUCCGACCGCUCCAGCCGUUCUUACAACAAGCGGGCCUCGAUUCUUGAAACUGUUUCCAAAGUCAGAUCAUGUGUCAUCAUGCUUGAUCUUGAAUGUGACGAGCUAAUCGUGAGAAUGUUUGACCAUUUUCUAAAAGCAGUAAGGGACUUUCAUAUGGACUCCGUGUAUUCAUCAAUGGAAAAUAUAAUGGAGUUGGUUAUAGAUGAAAGCGAGGAAAUUUCAGUUGAGAUGCUCAAACCACUGCUGGCUUGCGUUAAAAAAGAUCGUGUGGGUGUUCUACCGGUAGCUCAUAAGUUAGCGAAAGGCGUACUUUUAAAAUCUGCAGAGAAGCUAAAGCCGUACAUGAUGCCAGCUUUGACAUCUCUUGGUGAAUCAUUAGAUAUGUACCAUAAAGUUGUGGCUGCAGUAUGUGACGGCGCAAUUGCUAAUAUCGAAAAUAAGGAUGAUGAUGAACCGGCUAAUGUGUGCAAAUUGGAAAAGGGAUCCGUAGAUGAGGUGCAGCAGGCUGAUGAGAGCAAGCUUACAACAGCGUCAUCAGAUCAUGUGGACCAGGUGGUAAAAUCCGAGACGUGUCCUAAAGAAGAGGUAGACCCUACAGUGGAGAAUAAAUCUCCAAAAUCAGUUAUGAGUAACGGAGUAAAUGAGACGGUUAAGGAAGAAGCAUCAGUUGACCAAGAGUCAAAGAAACUAGAGGAAGAAAAAACUCAAGAGUCGAUUAAUAAAGAAGACACUGACGAUUCUGAUGCUGACAAGUUGGUGAAAGAAAAACCACAAACAGAAAAGAUUGCCGAUAAAAGUGAAACGGAAGCUGAUUGUUCUCAUGUUGAAGGUGAUAAGGAAAUUGAAAAAGAUAACGAUGCUAAAGAAUUAGAAAAUGAAAAAGAGAACGAUGUUAAAGAACCAGAAACAGAAAAGGAUAACGAUGUUAAAGAAUCGGAAAAUGAAAAAGAUAGUGAUGUUAAAGAGGCGGAAGAGGAAAAAGAUAACGAUGUUAAAGAGUCGGAAAAUGAAAAAGAUAACGAUGUUAAAGAGUCGGAAAAUGAAAAAGAUAACGAUGUUAAAGAAUCGGAAGAUCAAAAGGAAAAAGAUAACGAUGUUAAAGAAUCUGAAAACAAAGCAGCUAUUCCACCUGAAACUGAAAAGGAUAAAGACACUGUUCAAGAAGUUUCACCAAAAGCGGUAGAAAGUACGCCUGCUGCAACUGCAAAUGUUUCUUCUCCAUCUCAAAGCGGGCCCCCUCCUGAUGAGAGCUCUGAUCGGUCUAAAACGAAAGUGGUCCUACAAGAAGUCGAAGCUGCUUCUCCAUCUAAAAGCGGGCCCACUCCUGAUGAGACCCAUGUGAAGAAAACACCUGAAGCUCAGAAGCAAGCAGGUAAGAAAACCGCAACUGCAAAAGAGGUUAAACGCACGGAUACUGUGAACAAGUCUGAAGACGGUGAAGCUAGUAGUGAUUCAGAUGCAAAACCUCUGAAAAAGUCAGAGUCAAAGUCCAAGUCCAAGUCAACAAAACAAUCAGGUAAAAAGUCAAAGCAGUCUGGUAAGAAAUCGGAUGUUGGGCAAUCAGAUGCAAAAAAGCCCAAACCGAGUGCUAAAGAUGUGGAUGUAAAAGGGGACGAAAGUGAUUCAGAUUCAGACAACAAGCCACUUAAACUGUCCGCUAAAAAAAGUACUUCGAAGAAGAAAGAUGACGGAAAUAAACGUGGAAAUGGUAAAAAUGUUGCGGAAAAAGAUCAAGCAAAAUCAGUGUCAGGAGAUGAUGAGAUGGAUAUUUCUCCGAAGUCUAUGACAAAAUCCGCUACGCGUGACAAAUGCAAGAUAGCGGUUGAGGAAGAGGAGGAACAGGAUUCAGACGACAAACCACUUAAACCGUCUGCUAAAAGUAGUUCAAAGAAGAAAGAUGAUGGAAAAAAACGAGGGAAAUCAUUGUCAGGAGAUGAUGAGAUGGAUGUUUCUCCGAAGUCUGCACCGAAAUCAACGACAGAAACCCCUGUGACUAGUGCAAAACGGAAGCGUUCCACAAGCAAAGAUGAAGUAUCUAAUACUAUAAAGUAUGAUGAAAGCCUGAUUGGUAAAAAAGUCAAAGUUUGGUGGCCCGAAGAUAAAAUGUAUUAUGAAGGUGUUGUUACUGAAUUUUUUCCUGCUAAAAAGAAGCAUAAGGUCUCAUAUGUGGAUGGAGAUGAAGAGAAGUUGAAUAUGAGAACACAAAAAUGGGAAAUUAUUAAGGAAUUUACUGUGCGGAAUGAUGAGGAGCCAAACACCGAGGUUCAAAGUGACGAAGGUUCCCCUGAAAUGAACAAGAAGAAAAAAUCAAAGACGGAUCCUGCUGCGUCUCAAGAAAAGAUCAAAGAUUCCGCCAAGAAGGCUGGCAGUGUCUCUUCGUCUGGCAAGUCAAAAGGCUCGACUUCAAAAGAUAAUAAAGCCGCUCAAAAAACGAGUGGCAAGCUCAGUGAUAAGGAAGAUGAAGAGACACUAAAAACCAGUAGCAAGACGAAGUCGGUCAACAAGUCAAAAGGUAAAACCCCUCCAAGUAGCAGCAAAUCCAAUACGGCUAAAUCUAAUGCAAAAGAACCAGAGGAUGUGAAGUCAACUGAGAACACAAAGAGCGGAUCAAAUAAACGAAAGAAGAGGACGUAGAGAAGGUAUUUAUCUCUCGGGGUUUGUCAGAUUAAGCAGUUGUUGACAGUAGUGUUUAGGGUUAAAGUUAGUGAUUUUCAUGCUACUGUCUGGUAGAUGAAAUUGUUAUGAUUAUGAUUGGUAGUUAGCCUUUGUUAUAAAUGAGUUAGAUAAUUUGUUGCCUGUGAGGAUUUGACAUUGUUCCUUGGUGACCUUUGUUUUAGAACCUUGUCACUGGUGAUUGGGUUUUAGACUUGCAUUAAUUAUUGUGGUAUUGCAAA